UCGUCUUAAUUUGCUUGCAAAAAAGCACACAAACAAAAUAAACAGCAAACACUCUCACUAAUAAUCUCGAAAAGUGUCGAAAAAUGUCUAUGAUUCCAUUCUUUCCAAAUCUGAAGCCAUCGGUGGCUAAUAGAUUUUGGUUUGACAUGGCCAAUGACGAUGAGGUACAGACAAAGCGCUAUGAGGAUGAGCGCAGGAAUUGGCGCGAAUCGCUGAAAACUGCCGCCACAGAUUUGCAGCCACUUGGCAAGGUACUGACUAUGCCCGGCAUUGAAACCGACGACGAGGAUGCGAACGAUGAUAGUGAGGACACGGACAGCCAUGACGAGGAGGAUGAUGAGACCAAUGAUCGUGUUAUUCCAGUUACACAGGAUUUCUAUUCAGCCGAUGACAUCCAAAUGAAUGAUGAGACAUCGCCAACAGCUCCAUAAAGAAACGCAUUUCAUAGUUACACCAUUUAGUUAAUUACUUUUUGCGACUACAAAGUUCCCUUUACAAACUGUAAUAACAAAUUGUCGUUUACUUUAAGCUUAAAUAAAUUAUAAACAUAAUAAGCAAAAA